UAAACAAUACGAAAAUCAACAACAGCAAUAAUAAUACAUUGUUAUCUAGUGCACAUGUUUCUAAAGUGAUAAUUUUAAUUGCUUUCAUUUAUUUAUUUAUUUUUUGUCACACCCAAGCUUUUAUAUCAAUCUCAUGUGACCUGCAUGGUGUGAGCUGCCAUCAUCGAAAUGCAUGCAUUUGUUUUGGGCAUUUGCACAAUUUCGGAAGUGUCUCGGAUCGCCGUACUUUGCCUCUUUAGAAGGUCUUGUUGGAUUCUGGUUGGUUGUUUCUUUCAGGUGCUGUUAUAGCUGUUCACGGUUUGCUCUCGGUUCCAGGAUCUUGUCGUCGGAGGUGGAAGAUGCUGAAUGCUGCAGCAGCCGACCGAAAUAAAGAGCCGAUCCUCGAUGUUUUAAGAAGCAGAGUGGCAUCAGACAGGCCCCUGGUCGCUCUGGAAAUAUCUUCUGGCACAGGACAGCAUGUCGUCCACUUUGCCAAAGCGUUUCCCAACAUUACAUGGCAACCGUCUGAGAUCGAAUCGCAGUCGAUAUCGAGUAUUGAGGCAUACCGAGAGCAUCAUAAGCUGCAGAAUGUAAAGCCGCCCAUGUAUCUGGAUGUGUCUCAGAGCUGGGAGAACUGGACCGGACUUCAGCCCGAGUCAUGUGACCUCAUCGUGAACAUCAACAUGAUGCACAUCUCCCCUCUGGCCUGCACUACCGGUUUGUUUAAUGGUGUUGGAAAAAUACUGAAGCCACAAGGACUGCUUCUGACUUAUGGGCCUUAUGCUUUCAAUGGAUCAAUUACUCCUCAGAGUAAUGUUGACUUUGACCACAGCUUGAGAUACAGAAAUCCAGAGUGGGGUCUAAGAGAUGUAUCAUUACUGAAGACGCUAGGUCAGGAAAAUGGACUGAGAUUGGAAGAAAUUGUGGAUAUGCCCGCCAACAACAAGUGCUUACUGUUUCACAAGGACAGCGUGGUUUAAUAGAAUAACACUCACUGUGUUUACAGUCGAGCGGACGAACUCUGCAGUGUUUCAACGGUUCAAAGAUACUGAAUAAUACAACGGCUUUGCUGAAAUUGA